UUUGGCCGGACGAAUCCCCUCCCCUCCCCCGUUACGAACCGGCACCACAAUGCCCCUCAACAUCCUCGCCCAGAUAUCGGCGGAUGGACUGUCUUCCAUACCAUUUGGACAUACGCUGGUGAAGGUUGUGCCGCUGCUUGUGUUGCUGUACCUGCUGAAAUGGUACUUCAAUGGCGCUGUCAACACUUCCGAGCGCAAUAUGCACUCGAAGGUCAUCAUGAUCACAGGAGGAACAUCAGGCAUAGGCGCUGAAGUCGCAAAGGGCCUCGCAUCGCGAGGAGCCCAACUCGUCCUCCUCACCCAGCAACCGCUCUCCGACCCCUUCCUCGUUGACUACAUCAUGGACCUCCGAACACAGUCCAACAACGAACUCAUCACCGCCGAGCACGUCGAUCUCACCUCCCUCCACAGCAUCCGAACCUUCGCCACGAAAUGGGUCGACAACGCCCCGCCCCGCCGCCUCGACAUGAUAAUCCUGUGCGCGAACACGCGGACGCCUGCGGGCGGGAAAGCAUCCACGACGGUCGACGGCCUCGAGACCACCUGGGGACUCAACUACAUGGCGAACUUUCACCUCCUCAGCAUCCUGAGUCCCGCGCUAAGAGUCCAGCCCCCGGACCGGGACGUCCGCAUCAUUAUAGGGGCGUGCAGUUCGUACAUGGGCGGCCAGCUCCCGGACUUCGGCAUCGACGCUUCGGGUGGGAAGUCGAAGUCGCAGGCUAAGAAAGACGGGGGAAAGUCCGGGGCGCAGUCCAUUGCUUUCACGCCAGCUGGUGUUUAUGCGACCUCGAAGCUUGCGCUUAUGACGUUCGCGGUCGCGUUCCAGAAACACCUGUCGUCGUAUGCUAGACCGGACAAGAAGCCGAUGAAUGCGCGGGUUAUCAUCGUUGAUCCGGGGUGGACUCGCACGCCGGGGAUGCGGAGGUAUCUUACUUUCGGGAGCCUGUGGGGCCUUGCGGUUUACCUGUUUAUGUGGCCCGUGUGGUGGCUCGUUCUCAAGAGCAGUGACUCUGGUGCUCAGACGUUCCUAUAUGCGGCGAUGGAAGCUCGGUUUGGUAGAGGCGACGGCGGGGUGUUCCUCAAGGAGUGUAGUGAAUUUAAGUUCAUGAGGCCGGAAAUCGAGGACGAGGUGAUACAGAAGAAGCUUUGGGAGGUGUCUGAUACGACGAUCCAGGCUUUAGAAAAGGAGGGCGCCAUGCGUAGGGCCAGUGAGAAGAAGGCGGAGGAGAAAUUGGAGAAGAAAGAGAGUGCAGCGGCGAGUAAGGACAGUGGUGCGAAUGGGAGCACGAAGCAGAGGAAAGGCCGGUCAUGAAUGAAUAAUUAGCAUUUCUAUUUAAAAAGAUCGAGCAUAGGGGCAGAAGAAUGAAGUAUUGAGACCUCGUUGCAAAAAAUAAUAGAACCAUAUCCAAGCUGCAGGCCAGCUAUCAGCCUUCAACGCACAUAGAAAAGAUAUAGAUAUAUCACAGCCGGUAAUUGAUCGGUGGCCACCAAAAUCUUGGAAAAAUAUAGUUAAUCCUACAAAAAUAUAAAUCUGUAUAAAACGGCUACCAUAAUUAUACAAUUGC